CUUUUUGCUUCUGAAAGAUACAUCAGUUGUAUCUUUUUCCGUGGCGAUUUGAACAUUGCAUGUCUCUUUAUUUCUUUCUUGUCAUUCAUCACUAGCCUGCUGGAUCUGUUUGAUUUUAUCAUGGAGUGCGGGAAUCCACUAUUUUUAGAAUGGAUUGGGGAGUGGAUGGAGCAUGCUCGAGAGCUUGGUAGUCAAUCCUAUUAUAUUUAUCGUAAGGCAUACGAAUCGAUGGCAAAAUAUCCAACCAAAUUCAAUCACCCUAUUGAAGCUUUGUGUCUGUCUGGUAUCGGUGAAAAAACUGUAGCCAAGUUAGAGAAGAGGUUGAUCGAGCACUGUAGGGAGAAUGACCUGCCAAUGCCUUCCGCUGUUCUUAAAAGACCUAGAGUACCGAAAAAAAAUGUUGACAGCAAUGGAGCAGAAGGUGAUGAAGGAACUGAAGAAUCAAAAUCAAAGAGGCUACGCGCACGGAAUCAAAAGCCAUAUGUACCAACAUACAGGUCUGGAGCAUAUGCUAUCUUACUUACUCUACUGGAUGCUUGGGAUGCCAAAACCCCAGAUGGUGAUGGGGCUUUAACUAAGCAUGAACUUGUGACAAGAGGUCAGGUUUAUUGCGAUGCUUCACUGACGAAUCCCGAGUACGGGAAAUUCUUCACAGCAUGGAGUUCAAUGAGGACACUAUUAUCUAAGAACCUUGUCUAUCAGUCUUCGUCAAACUAUUACCUCACAGAUGAGGGUAGGGAGAUUGCUAGAAUGAUGAGGACAAUUGCGCAGGAUGGCGGCAAUCCUGAAACCAACACUACACUAACUGAGGCUGAUGUGGAUUCAGAAACUUGGGGUUAUACAGCACCUCCUCUCCGUCACAUAUCUAGAACGCCACAGCUUAUACAAGAAGGAGACGAUGGACCAGAUGACCUUAUUGACUUUAUAAGCGAAAGAUCGUCAUCAGCUAGUUCCUUGCGCAGGGCCCCUGCUGUCGCAACCUCGUCACCUUCAACAGAAGUCCUCCGAGUCCAGUCGUCCCAAGGUAGCAGUUAUAAUGACCAUAGCGGUGAAGAUAAUUGUGACACAUGGAAAUCUGUCCUGAGCAGUUGGAACUCUUCAAUAUCCGACUCCUCAAAGACAAGGGACGACACAUUUCAAGCUGUAAGCUCAGUAGAGUCUUCUCUGCCAUCAGGGCUUAACACGGCUCGACCGACGGCCUCGUCCCUAUUCACGUCAUCCACACGAAGCAAUGGUCCAUCACCCCAGGUUAUCGACAUCCUAAGCGAUUCUGACGAAGAAAACUUGCCUAGCACCACACGGAGUACUACAACCCCUCUACCACCUCCAGAGAGACGCACAUCAAUGGACCCAGGCCUGCUUACGAGCGACCAUAUAAUCCUUCAGGACGCACCAGCGCCUAAGAGCGUUCUAUCCAGGACGACUUCCCAGUUCAAGCUCCCAACACAUCCCGCCACCGAGCCUUCUGCUCCAACUACAAAAGCUGGUCUGAGUAGGCAAAUGUCUUCUAACGCCACUAGCAAUGUGUUUGACGAGUCAAGGACGUCUUCAGUUCAACGCUCCAGCAGCUCAAAGUUGCAGCGUAAGGAUGGAGCUUCAGUUUCAGGACGCGAUGCAUUUCCACAUCUGCGAAGCCACUCAUUUUCGCUCCGAAGCAUUCCUAACGACACUUCGCCUAAAAAUAUCAAGCAGCUUGCGGCUUUCAAGCCUGUAAUUUUCUACCCUGGUUCAUUUGAGAUAUGUCUUGUUCUAGAUAUUCGUGAAGUCCGCACACAAACGGACCGUGACUACAUUGGGCAGAGACUGAAAGACCGUGGAGUCAAUGUCAUCAAGCGAGCAUUGGAUAUUGGCGACAUUAUCUGGAUUGCGCGAUUGAAAACCCCUUCUGCUUCUAGCCCAAGCGAGAUUGUAUUAGAUUACAUCCUGGAGCGAAAGCGAAUGGAUGACCUAGUGCAUAGUAUUAAGGAUGGUCGAUUCAACGAACAAAAGUUCCGGUUGAGAAGAUCUGGACUGGGUCAUGUUAUAUACCUGAUCGAAACCCAUAAAAUGGGCGAAACAUAUGACAUUGGUACUGACGCCAUCCGUACCGCAAUGACAUCCACUCAGAUCCAUGAUGGUUUCUUUCUCCGCCGCACGAAUCAUACGGACCAAACUAUUGAAUAUUUUGUUAGCGUUACGAAUGCUUUGCGGAAGCUCUAUGAGUCGAAGGCACUUUAUGCUAUCCCAGAUGAAGCCAUUGAUCGCGCAUCAUACUUGGAUCUUCAAAGCCAUCUCAAGGCUACCAAUCCGGAUCGGACAUACCUUACGAGUUAUAAAUCAUUUGGUGCUUUGAAUGGCAAGUCCGAAACAAUAGUCGUUAGAGACACGUUUGUUAAGAUGCUGAUGACUAUUCGGGGUAUUAGUAGCGAAAAGGCGAUGGAGAUUGCCAGAGCGUACCCUACACCAAGAGCAAUGUUUUCAGCAUUAGAUGAACAGGAUUCAGAUACCCAGCGGGACAGAAUUCUAGUUAGGACGAGCUCGGCUAUAAACAAAAGGAGGAUUGGUGAAGCGCUGAGCAAGAAAAUAGCAGAGAUUUGGUACUCGGAUGUUUACUCAAAAAGCUUAAACUUAACUUAAUUUUAUUUAUGUGGAAAAAGUGGCCUUUGCACACAGCACUGUGUGCUAUUAUCAGGCACGACACAACACUACGAUUAACGGGCAUGACAGUCG